CCUACCUCCACUGACCAGCACUGCGUUCGGCAAAUCUAUUCCAUACUCAGCGCGAGCAGGCUCAACACUAAAUCAAGAACAGGAGGAAGAUAGACGAGACGACAAAACGGGACUUUAGACUUUACAGUGGCUAAAGCCCAAUUUGGAAAACGUAACGGCUACCAUAGCCAAUAGUCAGUGUUCGUUGUGAGAUGAAUUAAUAACUGUUGAUUUUAAAUUGGACACACCAAAGAACUACACUCAGGUGGACCGAAGGUGACCGUUAUCGCUGUGGGUGUCCAUGUCCUGUUUGGGUGUAGUGUCUCUAGUUCUCCCGCCAACCGACGCCUCCACCAGGUGUUGCAUCAAUCCACCAACCCGAGGAUGAGGAGGGGGCGCGUCGCGCUGAUGGCUUCGAGCUCUCGACAUUGAUCCAUUCUCCUCACAGCCGUUCAAUGGGAUGUCAAAACGCAACGAAUGGAACUCAUCCGGUCAAAUUCUUCCUCUCAACCAGGGGGAAGACUCAACCAGAAAGACUAAUCUAUUGGGGUCGAAAUUCACAUUUGAGGGGUAACGAAGGAACAUUACUUAUAGGCUACGAUAUGACCAACCUUUGAAAUGUUUGUUUUUCUCGAUCGAUGGAACGUCGUUAAAUGAAUGGCAAGACAAGGAGGACCUGCUGCGUUAGCAACGCAUGACACAAACAUAGCUGAAAUUCACCAUCAUUCACAUUCAUUGUCUUGUUGAAUGCAAAAAUGAAUACUUGGAUGUGUUAAAAUUCGUAUAUCUUUGAACCUGUGUGUCUUACAGGAACACAUUUCCAGUAUGCACUGACAACUGCACCGUUGUAGGCGGACGGUGGGCACAUGGUGGCAGUGGCUGUAGUUUUUUAAGACAUCAAGCCUCAUGAUUUACGGGGAUGCAAUUGAACUGUCACGGCAGUGGGAGUGAACAUCACAAAUCUGCAAUGAUCUUUAGACGGUUGGUAUUCGUGAAUUUAUGCGCGUUUGUGUGCGUUAUAAUGACCGACAGCUGCACUUUUUCAACUCAGCUCGACACACCCCGAGAGAGCCAUGGCAGCUCGAUUCGAUGUGCACAUAACGUAUUCACAGAAUCGCUGAGCACGUUUGGCUAACUAUCAAACACAGGUAAAUCACCAACAGAGCUAAAAACAAACAAACAAUGGAAUUGUCGGAAGUUCGAUGCUCCAGUGCAAGCGAAGAAUUGUACACCAUAAACAAAACCCCAACCAGUAACAGCAGCACGAGACCCAAACGGUUGCUGUGGCAGAACGCGGUUCGACACAUCACCGAGCAGCGGUUUAUCCACGAGCAAAGCGAAGCAAAAGGCAUCACCCAAGACGAAUCCUAUGACCAGAGCAUUAGGAAGCAAUCAGCGGGUAAGACAUCGGUUGGAGACAGACACAACAACGGGGGAACCAAAGUCUUCCCCGAGCGCGCGAGCAGCGACCUGGGUUUUCUCCAAAUCGAUUGCGCCCCGAGCAACUCGGACUUUUUCCUUAAUUGGGGCUACACAUACAGAGGCGUUAUAUUUCCCACUCUUCGGAAUUCGUUCAAAUCUAGAGAUCUUGAGCGUUUAUACCAACGUUACUUUUUGGGGCAAAGGCGCAAGUCUGUGGUUGUGAUGAACAUUUUGGACGUGGUGACCAAACUGACUUUGCUGGUUUUACACUUAACUUUAGCCUCUUUGCCAAUGGACCCCAUCAAAGGGAUGCUUUUGGGCUUUUUCACCGGCAUCGAAGUGGUCAUUUGUGCCUUAGUAGUGGUUCGGAAAGACACGACUUCCCACAGCUAUCUGCAAUAUAGCGGCGUGGUGACGUGGGUGGCCAUGGCCACGCAGAUUUUGGCAGCUGGAUUGGGCUAUGGACUACUGGGCGACGGAGUCGGAUACGUGCUUUUCACUCUCUUCGCCACUUACAGUAUGCUUCCCUUGCCUCUAACUUGGGCUAUUCUGGCUGGGUUGGCCACCUCGGCUCUCCAUAUUGUAGUGCAACUAGUCAUCUCCCCAAACGCACAGAUCUCCACAAAUCAGGUGGUGGCGCAGGCGGUGUUGUUUAUGUGUAUGAACACCGCCGGAAUAUUCAUAAGCUACCUGUCUGACCGUGCCCAGCGCCAGGCCUUCCUGGAGACCAGGAGGUGCAUAGAAGCCAGACUCCGGCUGGAGACGGAGAACCAGAGACAGGAAAGACUGGUCUUAUCUGUUCUACCCCGGUUUGUGGUACUGGAGAUGAUCAAUGACAUGACCAAUGUGGAGGACGAACACCUCCAACAUCAGUUUCACAGAAUCUAUAUCCACCGAUAUGAGAAUGUCAGCAUUCUUUUCGCAGACGUUAAAGGCUUCACAAACCUUUCCACCACGUUGUCGGCACAGGAACUGGUGCGGAUGUUGAACGAGCUCUUUGCACGUUUUGACCGCCUGGCUCAUGAGAACCACUGUCUCAGGAUAAAGAUCUUGGGGGACUGCUACUAUUGCGUCUCGGGUCUUCCUGAGCCCAGACAGGACCACGCUCACUGCUGUGUGGAGAUGGGCCUCAGCAUGAUCAAGACCAUCAGAUACGUGCGGUCUCGUACGAAGCACGACAUCGACAUGCGUAUCGGGAUCCACUCGGGCUCCGUGCUGUGUGGGGUGCUGGGGCUGAGGAAGUGGCAGUUCGACGUGUGGUCCUGGGACGUGGACAUCGCCAACAAGCUGGAGUCAGGAGGCAUCCCUGGGCGGAUCCACAUCUCCAAGGCCUCCCUGGACUGUCUGAACGGUGCCUACGAAGUGGAGGAGGGCCACGGGAAGGACCGCAACGACUUCCUGCGCCGGCACAACAUCGAGACGUACCUGAUCAAACAGCCGGAGGAGUCUCUUCUCUCGCUGCCCGAGGACAUCAUGAAGGAGGCGGUCAGCUCGGGCGAUCGCCAUGCCAGCAGCGCCACCUUCAACGAAGGCUCCUGGAGCCCCGAGCUCCCCUUCGACAACAUUGUGGGCAAACAGAACACUCUGGCUGUCCUAACGAGAAAUUCAAUAAAUCUGCUUCCAAACCAUCUCGCACAAGCUUUGCAUGUCUACUCUGGUCCUGAGGAAAUUAACAAGCGAAUAGAGAGUGACAUCGACUUACGGAGUGGCGAUAAAUUGAGAAGAGAGCAUAUCAAGCCUUUCUCUCUGACGUUUAAAGACUCCAGCCUGGACGAAAAGUACUCGCAGAUGAGGGACGAGGUGUUCAAGUCAAACCUGGUGUGCGCCUUCAUCGUCCUCAUCUUCAUCACGAUCAUCCAGGGGCUUCUUCCCUCCGCCAGGAUGGUGACCAUGGUGAUCCAGUUCUCUGUGCUCAUCGUGCUGCACAGCUGCCUUGUCCUGGUCACUACAGCGGAGGACUACAAGUGUCUGCCUUUAGUCCUGCGUAAGACCUGCUGCUGGAUCAACGAGACCUACAUGGCACGCAACGCCAUCAUCUUCGUAUCCAUCCUCAUCAACUUCUUGGCAGCCAUGAUCAACAUCCUUUGGUGCGAUUUUGACAAACCCAGUACCCUGAGGAACCAGACGUUCAACGCUUCCACCUCCAUCCCUGACAUCUGUUUUUACCCAGAGUAUUUCGUCUUCACGGGAGUGCUGGCCAUGGUGACAUGUGCCGUGUUCCUGCGGCUCAACUCUGUUUUGAAGCUGGCCGUGUUGUUGGUCAUGAUCGCCAUCUACUCCCUGCUCACGGAGGCCUUCUACACCUCGCUGUUUGUUCGCUACGACACCUUCCGUCACAACACAGAAAACUUCCUGGGGACUAAAGAGACGUCGUUGCUGCUGAUGGCUAUGUUUCUUCUGGCUGUGUUCUACCAUGGACAGCAGCUGGAGUACACGGCUCGACUGGACUUCCUGUGGCGCGUCCAGGCCAAGGAGGAGAUCAACGAGAUGAAGGAGCUGAGGGAACACAACGAGAACAUGCUCCGGAACAUUCUGCCCAGUCACGUUGCCCGACACUUCCUGGAAAAGGAUCGGGAUAACGAGGAGCUGUACUCUCAGUCGUACGACGCCGUGGGCGUGAUGUUCGCAUCCAUCCCGGGGUUCGCUGACUUCUACUCUCAGACGGAGAUGAACAACCAGGGGGUGGAGUGUCUCAGGCUCCUGAACGAGAUCAUCGCAGACUUUGACGAGCUGCUUGGAGAGGAACGCUUCCAGGACAUUGAGAAGAUCAAGACCAUCGGCAGCACCUAUAUGGCAGUGUCCGGCCUGUCCCCGGAGAAACAGCAGUGUGAGGACAAAUGGGGACACCUGUGUGCCCUGGCUGACUUCGCCAUCGCCCUCAACGAGAGCAUCCAGGAGAUCAACAAGCACUCCUUCAACAACUUUGAACUACGGAUCGGCAUGGCCCACGGCUCGGUGGUUGCCGGGGUGAUCGGCGCCAAGAAGCCGCAGUACGACAUCUGGGGGAAGACGGUGAACUUGUCGAGCCGCAUGGACAGCACGGGCGUGAGCGGCAAGAUCCAGGUGCCCGAGGACACCUACCUGAUCCUGAAGGAGCGCGGCUUCGCCUUCGAGUACCGCGGCGAGAUCUACGUCAAAGGCAUCAGCGAGCAGGAGGGCAAGAUCCGCACCCACUACCUGCUGGGACGCGUGCAGCCCAACCCGCUCAUCAUGCAGCCGCGCAAGCUCACGGGCCAGUACUCGCUGGCCGCUGUGGUGCUGGGCCUGGUCCAGUCGCUCAACCGGCAGAAGCAGAAGCAGAUCCUGAACGACAACAACAACUCGGGCAUCAUGAAGGGGCACCACCCCUACAACAGGAGGACGUUGCUGGCCCCCGGGGGGUCCGAGGCGGUGGGGGGCCACCUCGCCGAAGUGGCGGACAAGACUGAAGCCCUGAAGUAGCCUCCCUCCCCCCCUCCCUCCCUCUCUUCCUCCCUGCCUCUCUCCCUCCAACAGGGCAAGGAGGGAGGGGCGUUCUGCGUUCGGUUUUCCUCCACCCUCAUCCAUCGCGACGUCCAUUGGUUGGUCAGAUCCAUCCGUCCGGCUCUCCACCGUCCUGCCUGUCGUGUGUGCCCCUCGUCCUGCCUCCCGUCCUCCGCCCCACCCCGUCCCCCGUACAUUCGCCUGGUGUCAAUGUUUCUUUUUUGUAUUUCUUUUUGUAUAAGAGAACACAAUAAAAGGGGUUUAAUUUUUUAUAGAUGGUUGCGUGUACAGUUGCUUUUGUUUUUUUAUGUCGUUAUAUGAUUCGUUUGUUAAGAAUGACUGAUUGAGGGAGAUUAAAUCAAGCAGU